AUGAGACAUCUCAAGGAGGAGUAUGAGCUGGGGUACCACAAAGUGGACGAACCCGGGGAGGCGAACCCCACGCGGAAACGGCCUUUGUCAACCAUGCUGUUGCAGCCCCGGGCGGUUGGCCCAUGGGGAGCUGGCUGGGUCUUUGAGAUUGGGAGCUGUGUCAUCGCGGUGGGCGCUCUGGUAGCUAUCAUCGUCGUCCUGCACACGUACGACGGCAAACCCAUGCCGGCUUGGCCGUACGGCAUCACCCUCAACGCGUUGGUGUCGCUACUCGUGACGGUCAUGAAGGCGGCCAUGGUCUACCCAAUCACUGAAGGGUUGUCGCAGCUCAAAUGGUCGUGGUUCAACCGACAAAACAAGCUCAACGAUUUGGCAGUGCUGGACGCUGCCAGUCGUGGUGCUGUCAACGCGGUCUUCGUCUUGUUUCGCUUCCUCCCACGCCAUCUGGUGACGGUAGGAUGCUUCAUCCUCGUGGUAGCGGCAGCGAUUGCCCCUUUCGUGCAGCAGGUCAUCAGCAUCACCUCUCAGCCCAUCCACUCGCCGGGCCAGUCGUCGAUCCGGGUUUGCAACACGAGCUCGUAUGUGGACUACGGCGAAGGGGCAGGGCCCGGCAUGAACAAAGUGCCGCUCUCCACGGCGGGGGCCAUCUACACAGGGCUGUUCCAAAGCACCGUAAUAAACAGCCAAGCCCUAACCAUGACCUGCCCAACGGGCAACUGCACCUUUGCCCCGUACCAAUCCCUCGGGCUGUGCCAACGAUGCGCCAACAUCACCGACGCGUUAACCCUAACCACCGCCAACCCGGCCAGCACCAUGAGCACUUACCACUACAACCUGACCAACGGGUUCAGUUUCUCCACCUCCUGGGGCGGGAUCUACCUGAUGAACGCGACGACAGGCUUAGACCUGGUGAAGCUCGACGCCUCCGCCCUUCCUCCGCUGAUCCUCAACUUCACCGCCAUCAGCGCCGCAGGCUACGGCGUGCCGCCCUCCAUCAGCGCCACCGAAUGCGCCCUCUACUUCUGCGUGAAGACCUACUCCGCCUCAGUGGAGGAGGGUGUCUUCAACGAAACCCUGGUCUCGACCGCCACCAUCUCCAACUCGUCCACCGCCUCGGACAUAACGACCGACCUGUCCCUCUUUCCCGACCGCUGCACCUCCAACCAAACUGCCGACUGCACCUACAGCGUCAGCUGGCUCAGCCGCCUCGCGCUGUCCAACUCCCUCAGCCCACUCCUGACAGGCAGCGGCUCGCUCUUCAUCAGCAACCGCCCCAGCUGGACCUCCGACACCAUCCAAGCCCUGUACGGGGUGCAGGGCAACUACACGGACGUCUUGGGGGUGUUUACUUCCCUCGCGACCGCUCUGACGACACACGCGCGCACUGAGGUCUGCGCCGCGACGGUGAACGGCACCACCUGGACAGUCGACUCGUUUGUGCACGUGCAGUGGCCGUGGCUGACUCUGCCUAUCGCGUUGGUAGCCAUGACGCUGGGGUUCCUGGUGGCGACGGUGGUGCGCACCCGCAACCAAUAUAUCUGGAAGUCGUCGCCGCUGGCGCUGCUGUUCUCGGACGUGAGUCUGGAGGCGCCGCAUCAGAUGCGCCGGAGUCCGGACUUGAGUGCGAUGGUAGCGGCGUCGCGGAGUUUGGAGGUGUUGUUGGAGACGACGGAUGGGGGGUCGCGGUUGCGGGCUGUUGCGAGAUAG